UGCAAGAGAGGCUAGGAAGUAUGUGGUCUAGCUGUGUGUUCGGGGAGAAGAGGAGACCAUGGAUUUUGAUAUCCCCCUGCUCCCUGGCUCCCCACGCCGGCUGAGCCCGCGGGCAGUGGUCAGAGGGGACCAGGGCCCCAAACAUGAACAGCAGUACCUCAAGGUGCCGGGUCCCCGAGCCCAGGGUCUGCGGGGCACUUCCACCCGAGAGUCUGGCCAGCCGUCCGGUGGAGGGAGCUCCCACAGCUGCUCUGUCAUCAACAACUACCUGGACGCCAGUGAGCAGGUGUCCUCGGAGGCCCGUCUCAGCCGCAUGCACUUCCAUGACAACCAGAGGAAGGUGGACUACGUGCUCGCCUACCACUACCGGAAACGCGGGGCGCACCCCGGCCACGCGCUGGCCGUCAUCUCCAAUGGCGAGACGGGCAAGGACCCCCGCGCAGGGGCACCCGGUGACAUUGACCUGGGGCCGCUGGACGCCCUGGAGGAAGAGAGGAAGGAGCUGCGGGAGGAGUUUGAGCACAACCUGAUGGAGGCCGGGCUGGAGCUGGAGAAGGACUUGGAGAGCAAAAGCCAGGGCUCUGUCUUUGUCCGGAUCCACGCCCCGUGGCAGGUGCUGGCCAGAGAGGCAGAAUUCUUGAAGAUCAAAGUUCCCACCAAGAAAAUGUAUGAGAUCAAGUCAGAAGGCAGCAUCGCCAAGACGUUCAACAAGGUUCUGCAGAAGCUGAGCUCGCCCCUGAAGCCCCGAGUCCCUGAGCACACUCACAGCAGGAUGAAGAACCUCUCCUACCCGUUCUCCAGGGAGAAGAUGUACCUGUACAACAUCCAGGACAAGGACACCUUCUUUGAUAACGCCACCCGUAGCCGCAUUGUGCACGAGAUCCUGAAACGCACGACCUGCUCUCGAGCCAACAACACGAUGGGUAUUAACUCUCUGAUAGCAAGUAACGUCUACGAGGCUGCCUACCCCCUGCACGACGGUGAAUAUGACAGUCCAGGGGACGACAUGAAUGACAGAAAGCUGCUGUAUCAAGAAUGGGCACGCUACGGGGUGUUUUACAAGUUUCAACCUAUUGACCUCAUCAGGAAGUAUUUCGGAGAAAAAAUCGGGCUGUAUUUUGCCUGGCUGGGAUUAUAUACGUCCUUCCUCAUCCCAUCAUCUGUAAUUGGGGUGAUUGUGUUUCUUUAUGGAUGUGCGACCAUCGAAGAAGAUAUUCCCAGCAAAGAGAUGUGUGACCAGCAGAACGCCUUCACCAUGUGUCCCCUGUGUGACAAGUCCUGCGAUUACUGGAACCUCAGCUCGGCCUGCGGCACGGCGCGGGCCAGCCACCUGUUUGACAACCCCGCCACCGUCUUCUUCUCCAUCUUCAUGGCUCUGUGGGCCACCAUGUUUCUUGAAAACUGGAAGAGACUGCAGAUGCGCCUGGGCUACUUCUGGGACCUGACCGGUAUAGACGAGGAAGAAGAACGUGCCCAGGAACACUCCCGGCCUGAGUAUGAAACCAAAGUUCGAGAGAAGAUGCUGAAGGAGAGUGACAAGUCCGUGGUCCAGAAGUUGGGAACCAGUACGACUGAGGGUGAGGAUGAGGACGAUGAUGAUAAGCUGACCUGGAGGGAUCGCUUCCCAGGCUACUUGAUGAACUUUGCCUCCAUCUUGUUCAUGAUCGCGCUGACCUUCUCCAUUGUCUUCGGGGUCAUCGUGUACCGCAUCACCACCGCAGCUGCUCUGUCUCUCAACAAGGCCACACGCUCCAAUGUCCGGGUGACGGUGACAGCCACGGCGGUCAUCAUCAACCUCGUGGUCAUCCUCAUCCUGGACGAGAUCUACGGCGCUGUGGCCAAGUGGCUCACCAAAAUCGAGGUUCCAAAAACAGAGCAGACUUUUGAAGAGCGCCUGAUCCUCAAGGCUUUCUUGCUCAAGUUUGUCAAUGCUUACUCACCCAUCUUCUAUGUGGCCUUCUUCAAGGGGAGGUUUGUGGGCAGACCUGGGAGCUACAUUUACGUGUUCGAUGGCUACCGCAUGGAAGAGUGCGCCCCCGGGGGCUGCCUCAUGGAGCUCUGUGUCCAGCUCAGCAUAAUCAUGUUGGGGAAGCAGCUGAUCCAGAACAACAUCUUCGAGAUCGGAGUCCCAAAGCUAAAGAAACUAUUUCGGAAGCUGAAAGAUGAGACAGAGCCCGGAGAAGCUGAUUCUGCCCAUUCAAAGCAUCCGGAGCAGUGGGAUCUGGACUACAGCUUGGAACCGUACACUGGACUGACUCCAGAGUACAUGGAGAUGAUCAUCCAGUUUGGCUUUGUCACCCUCUUUGUGGCCUCCUUCCCUCUGGCGCCCGUGUUUGCCCUCCUCAACAACGUCAUCGAAGUGCGGCUCGAUGCCAAGAAGUUCGUCACGGAGCUGAGGCGGCCAGAUGCCGUGAGAACCAAAGACAUCGGGAUUUGGUUUGACAUCCUGUCCGGAAUCGGCAAGUUCUCUGUUAUCAGCAAUGCCUUUGUCAUCGCCGUCACCUCCGACUUCAUCCCCCGCCUGGUGUACCAGUACUCCUACAGUCACAACGGGACCCUGCACGGCUUUGUCAACCACACCCUCUCCUUUUUCAACGUCAGCCAGCUGAAGGAGGGCACGCAGCCUGAGAACUCGCAGUUUGACCAGGAGGUUCAGUUCUGCAGGUUUAAGGAUUACCGGGAGCCGCCCUGGGCCCCGAACCCGUAUGAGUUUUCCAAACAGUACUGGUCUGUUUUGUCUGCCCGUCUGGCUUUUGUCAUCAUCUUCCAGAACCUGGUGAUGUUCCUGAGUGUCCUCGUGGACUGGAUGAUCCCGGACAUCCCUACCGACAUCAGCGACCAGAUCAAGCGGGAGAAGAGCCUGUUCGUGGACUUCUUCCUGAAGGCGGAGCAUGAGAAGCUCAGGGGCUCUUGA